AUGGGAGAAGAGACCCUCGUGGCCAUGCCGCUCGCGCCCCACCACCACCAGGCCCGCCUCGACGCGCUCCCGCACCACCUCGCCCCCACGCCGCCGCAGCCACCGCCGGGACCAAUUGCUGCGGAUAAGGGGGAGGAGGAAGGGGAUCAUCGUCGUCCCGCAGACGGCGUCGACGGCGAGCCGCCGGCGCAAGUCCCGCGGUCGGUGACCCCGCCCGGGCUCGCCGCCGUGGCGGGCGCCGGCGAGGACGGGGACGUGUACUACGCGCGCAAGAUGCUUCAGGGCGUGGUGCUGCGGCCGCCGCCGCACCUGCCGCAGCCAGAGGCGCCGCCGGGGCUGGCCAGGGGGCACUCCACGCCGGCGCCGCACGACUACGCGGCAGAGGAGGAGGAUGAGGAGGAGCAGCAGCAGAAGAAGAAGAGGCCGGUGGAGCGGUCGGCCUCCGCGAACUCUGCUGGUACGAUCGUGGACGACGUGGUGUCCAUCGGGCGGUUCUUCCGCGACCGCCGCGACGUGCUGUCCUCGGCCAUAACCCGCCGCAUCUCGUCGCUCAAGGAGUCCUCGUCGCCGCCCUCCGCGAAGGCGGCCGCGGUCGACACCUACGGCGUGCAGGAGAUCCACCUGCCCAACGUCAAGGUCACGGUGCGCCUCAAGGACGCGAUCGCCGCCGCCGACGCCGCCGAGGACGACGACGUCGUCGGGUACUCCUUCUCGGGCGGCCACAUCAAGGGCCGGGUGAGCUUCUUCUCCCGCUCGGGCUGCCGCGACUGCGCCGCCGUGCGCGCCUUCUUCCGGCAGUCCGGCCUGCCGUACGUGGAGAUCAACCUGGACGUGUUCCCAGAGCGCGAGGCCGAGCUGGCCUCCCGCGCGGGCGCCGCGGCGCGCGUGCCCCAGAUCUUCCUCAACGAGAAGCUCCUGGGCGGCCUCGUGGUGCUCAACUCCCUGCGCAACAGCGGCGAAUUCGAGCGCCGCGUGCGGGACCUCGCGGGCCGCCGGUGCCCCGACUCGGCGCCGCGGGUGCCCGUGUACGGGUUCGACGUCGACGAGGCCGCCGCCGGCGGCGGCAAGGGGGAGGAGGCGGCCGAGGACGCCAUGGUGGGCAUCGUGAGGGUGCUCCGGCACCGGCUGCCGAUCCAGGACCGGUUCGUCAGGGUGAAGCUCGUCAAGAAUUGCUUCUCCGGAACCGACAUGGUGGACGGCAUCGUGAACCACCUGGACUGCAGCAGGAAGAAGGCUGUGGAGAUCGGCAAGGAGCUCGCAAGAAAGCACUUCAUCCACCAUGUCUUCAGGGAGAACGACUUCGAAGACGGGACCCAGAACCUGUACCGCUUCUUGGAGCACGACCCCGCUGUCCCCAAGUACUACAACUUCCGGGGCUCCACCAACGACGGCGAGCCCAAGCCUGCCGCGGCUGCCGGUCAGAGGAUGACCAGGAUCAUGCUCGCCAUCCUGGAGGCCUACGCCUCCGAUGACCGCCGCCACCUCGACUACAGCCGCAUCGCUGCCAGCGAGGAGUUCAGAAGGUACGCGAACCUGGUUGAGGAACUGCAGCGGGCGGACAUGACCAAGCUCCCCACGGAGGAGCGGCUGCCGUUCUUCCUGAACCUGCACAACGCCAUGGCCAUCCACGCCGUGAUCCGAGUCGGCCAGCCGGGCGCCGUCGACCGCCGGCCCUUCUUCUCGGACUUCCAGUACGUCGUGGGAGGGCACCCCUACUCCCUUGCGGCGAUCAGGAACGGUAUCCUCAGGGCUAACAGGCGGCAGCCUUACACGCUGGCCAAGCCGUUCGGCUCCAAUGACAGGAGGCUCGAGCUGGCACAGCGGCGCGCAAACCCACUGGUGCACUUCGCGCUGUGCGACGCGACGCGGUCGAGCCCGAUCGUGCGGUUCUACACGACACAGGGCGUGGAGCCGGAGCUCCGGCACGCGGCGAGGGAGUUCUUUCUCCACGGCGGCGUGGAGAUCGACUUGGAAAGCCGGACCGUGCACCUCACCAGGAUCAUCAAAUGGUACAGCGCUGAUUUUGGGCAGGACCGGGACAUCCUCCGGUGGCUCCUCAACUACCUGGACCCGACCAAAGCCGGGCUCCUGACGCAUCUCCUGAAGGACGGCGGCCCGAUCAACAUCUCCUACAUGAACUACGACUGGUCUCUGAACGUCUGA